AGCCAUUUGGGCUCGAGCGUUCUGCUGGGGCCUUUCCCCGCCUAACCCACCAGCGCAACAUGUGCGCAGCCGCAGACGCCGCAGCCAAUGCGCGAGGCCAGGGCGGCGUUGUGGCCGCGGGCCAGCACGCGACAGUGGAGGCGAUCUCGGGCGAGGCCGGUCCAGAGGUGCGUAUCACGAUGAGUGUGCCCUUCGAGUUGAGGUCGAUGGCCGAAGCCGAGUUGGAUAUCAACGAAGCGUUGGUGGUGCUGAGGGGCCCGAAGGCGGAAGAGGUGUUGGCACCGCUGCCCGACGGGUUCCGUCUCGAUCCCGAGCGGGCAGCCGCGAAGUACUCUCGCAAGACGCGGCAGCUCGUCGUCUCCGCGCCCAGCGCGUGGAGCAGCCCGGGAGACCAGGCGCUGCCCCUGGACCAGCAGGCCACGGCCUCUGCGCACGCGGAGGAGCCGUUGCCUGCUCGGGAGCCGCAGCUUGCGCAGCUGGCGCCAGAGCCGCCGCCGGCUCCAGAGCCGCCCGCGGCGCCCCAGGGCAGUCCGGAGGCCGUGGAGGAAGAGGACGAGGACGACGACCUGCCGCCGCCCCUCGAGGUGGCGCGGAGUGCCGCGGCGAGAGGGGCUGCUUCCUCCGCCAGCGCUGCGACGGGGCCUGCACAGACAGGGCCUGGUGGAGGGGCGGCCGAAGGGAACGAGGCCGCGGAUGCGCUCAUGCAGAAGGCCCUGGCGGCCCGAGAGCAGAAGCGCCUCGAGGGCGAGGCUGCCCGGCGAGGCGCGGACCUGAGCUCCAGCGGCGGCCUGAAGAAGGGCUUCCUCUCGGGCGGCAAGUCUUCGAAGCGCCGCGAGCCCCCCGCCGCGGCCAGCGCUGAAGAUGGCGCCCCCCUUGGCAAUGCCUGGAUCACCUAUGUCGCGGGCAGCGGGGACGCUGAGUCGGCGCGGCGCGAGAGCCUCAAGCUCCCUGAGGUGCAGGCUGCGCUGAGGGAUGGCGCCAACAAGCUGCGGGAGGACAAGAGCUGGGUCACGCCAGAGCUCCUCAACGCAAUGCAGUCGCGGCCAGACCUGCUCAAGGGGCUCUCGGACCCCAAGAUGCAGCAGGCGAUGCAGCUGAUGCAGAGCGACCCCGAGGAGGCGAAGAGGAGGUUCGGCAACGACCCGGGGGUCACGAGCUUCCUGAAGGAGUUCAGCUCGCUCAUGGGGACCCACUUUGACAUCCUCAGCAAGAGCAAAGAGCCAGGCGGAGCCUCAGCCUCACCACCGAAGGCGGAGGCUGCCAAGAGCAGCGCCGCGCCUGCACUGCCGGCCCCUCCGCAGGCCCCCGGCGGCGGGGAGGCGCCGCUGCUGCUGGAGCCGGAGGUCGAGAGGGCCUUCCGCGAUCCCGAGGUGCAGGCCCUUCUGGCCGAGCUUCGGGCGGGCCGGCCGCUGGAGCUGCACGAGCUGCGGUGUGCAAACCCGCGGCUCUUCAUGAAGAUGAAGGUGCUGCUUGACGCCGGCCUCUUGGGGCUGCAGCGCUGAGUGCCGAACCGUCUAUUCGGCGUCGGCCGGCGAGGUACUGGGGAGAGCUCCUCAUCGUGAGGUGGAGAGAAGGUUCCUCCUCGCCGUGCCAUCGAGGAACAAAAGAUGGCAUCAGCACAAAUUUUCAGAGGUCAGCCGCCGAUCCAGAAAAUCAACGCGGACCUCCGAAAGUUUGUGUUUUUUCAUUUGUUGCUCCUCGAUCCCACCCCGCUGCCCCCGCCCUCCACUCCCCG